AUGCUUCCGGCGAUCGUUCUUCUCUCGGGCGUUUUCCAAGUUUCAAACGCCCACGGAAGACCACCAAUAGAGGAAUGCGAAGAGACGGGCGAUCCAAAAUGUCCACCCGGUUACACAAUGUUCAAUCGAGAAAAUUCAGCAAGACCAUGGUGUAUGAAGGUUUUCGACGGAAAAGUGACAUUCAAAGAUGCUGAAAGAAUAUGCAGAUGCCAAGGUGGAGCAACAUUGUCAGGAGUAAACGACGACAACGAAUAUAAUUGGGUUCUGGAUGAGACCAAACACAUUUUCUCCCAAAAGGGAAUUGAAAACGGAGGAAUUUGGCUGGGAGCCUAUCGUCGUCAAUCGUGUCUCGGCUUGAAAUCCGCCUGGAAACCAUCGGCAAAUUGCGCCAAAGAAAAUAUUUUUCUUUUCACCGAUCGCUCUACGUACAGCGAUUUCCUAUUCGACAAAUGGCUACCAGGAAUUGAUUUGGGAUCAAACUAUGAGAAAUGUGUUCAACUUUUGAUUUCGACGGCCGAUUCCGAGCUCAGCGGAAAAAUCAAUGAUAAAACAUGUUCUCUGAUUGACGUCGACCCGAGUGGCGAUUCUAUCACUUAUACUCACGGUUUUGUUUGUGGUCGUCCAGCCGUCUAUCCAAGUGAUAUUUACGCUAGCAAAAAUCAAGCAAAUGAUGACGAAGCCGGAACAUUGAAUUAUCGUGAUGGUCCCAAAUAUAUACCAAUUGGAAAUCGACACCAAAACCAAGAAGAAGUAAAUAUUUACUGA